AUGACCGAUGAUCAGAAAGGCAAAAUUUGUGAUGAAAAAGACGUAACUGUGAUAGGAUAUGAGGCAAAACCAGUUGAAAUGGUUCGACCUGAAAUGGUGGAUAUGGCACGACGUUUCAUGAUGAUACCAAAGAUUCGGGAAACACCUUUAUUGCAACAAAAACAAUUCCUACUUCAAAAGGGUGUGCGAGAAGAUGAAAUUAAUGAAGCAAUGAAAGGAUUACCAUUACAGCAAGAUAUUUGGAAUAUGAAUAAUACAGCAAUGGGACAUACGGUUACAUCUGGUCUUUCGUAUGAUUUAUCAACUAAAUCAUCAGGAGUUAAUACUUUGCUAUGCUUAACAAAAUAUGCAAUGAUUAUCACGGGUUUUUCAUAUGCUGGUUGGCAUUUGUUACGUUCAUACAUUUUGCCACGUUUUUUUAAUAUUCCGGAACCGACUGAUAAAAGGGUUCAUGUGAUCGAAGAAAAAAUGAAUGAAUUGCAAGGAAUGAUGCAAGAUGUAACCACCGAAUUGCUUCUAAAAUUGCAGACACUUAUUGAUAAACAAAAUAUUACGGAUCGUAUUUUAUUUCAAAGCAGUGGUAAUUCAUCACAACUUGAUGAUAUACAGAAAGGUAUUGAGAAAAUCAGCGCAAUACUUGUAAGCAAGGAACAACUGCCAUCGAUUCGAACAUUACCUAGAAAGCGUACUGCAAUAACUUCUCGUAUAUUUCUACGAACUGAGGAUCCAAGCGGAUCUGCUCAUUCAUAUAAUGGACAUUCGGAGGAGAAAUCGGCACAAGCAGAGGAAUUUGAUGACAAAAAUGGACACUCGGGGGGAAAAUCAACACCAGUAGAGGAACUUGAUGACAGUACUCAAGCAGAAAAAAAUGAUUCUAACUAUGAUUCGUAG